GCAUCGCACGGGUUUGGAAAGAUGGACGCAGCUUUGGAGAUUCUCGAUCCUCUUGUGCUGGACAGACUAUACGCAUACCUGUUGCCAGCCGACGAUAGCGCGCUGGGCAAUGGCUUCGACAACAGCACGUCUGCAUUUUCAAAAUCGCCAUUGCAAACUUCUUGCGAGUCGGCAUGGCCACGGGACAACAUUCUUCGACAAUGCGCUUCCAUCCUGUUGAUCACCCAGGUCGGUGCUACGCUCCUAUACUGGGUGUUUAGCGCCUUCUCGUACUACUUCAUUUUUGACCGCCGUCUCGAGUACCACCCGCGCUUCCUCCAGAACCAGGUACGCCAAGAGAUCAUCUCAUCCAUGACCGCCGUCCCUUGGAUCAACAUCAUGACCCUGCCAUUCUUCCUGGCGGAGGUGCGCGGAAAGAGCUUGCUCUACACUCGCGUGGACGAGUAUGGCUGGGCAUGGAUGGCCAUCUCAACAGUGCUCUUCAUGAUCUGGAAUGACCUCAUGAUUUACUGGAUUCAUCGGCUUGAGCACCACCCCAGUGUCUACAAGUACAUUCACAAGCCACACCACAAGUGGAUUGUGCCGACUCCGUGGGCAGCUCUGGCUUUUCACCCACUCGAUGGAUAUGUUCAGUCCCUCCCUUAUCAUGUGUUUGUCUUUAUUUGCCCGGUGCAAAAGUACUUGUACAUGGUUCUUUUCGUUCUGGUGCAGGUGUGGACAAUUCUCAUCCAUGAUGGUGACAUGAUCUCGGGCCACUGGCUUGAAAAGUAUAUCAACAGCCCGGCCCACCACACACUGCAUCACAUGUAUUUUACCGUCAAUUACGGGCAGUAUUUUACAUGGGCCGACAACUACUUCCAGUCGCAUCGGGCGCCUCGUCCUGAUUUGGAUCCGCUUCAUGAUGCACUCAAGGUUAUGAGAGAGAAGGGGCUGGUAGACGAAAAGGGAAAUCCAAUUCCCCAGAAGAACAAGAAGGACGAGUAGAUAUAGUGUGACGGCUGACGGACGCUGAGGAUCAUCAGUAAUGGAUGAGGUUGUACAUGCGAUUGCUGUGUUAAAGCGUUGAGAGGCGAGAGGACUCACGUACCAUUUCCUAGAAAACGCCUGCCGCCCUUACAUAAAGCAUACAACUGCUACCUCUACUAGUGGAGCUAGCUAACUAUAAUGUUUAAAUACUAUUACACGAAA